GAGGCGGCAUCCGGCCUCGGAGGCCUGCGGGCGUUGGAAAUUUCAUUAGGCGUGUCUGGCAGAGGGGUUGGGGAAGAUUUAGGGGCGGAACGGGGACGUGUGGAUCUGCUAGGUAACUGAGUAACCACCGCAGUGCAAAUGUGGAGCAGGAGGCGGGACCUCAAGGGUGUGCCCCACGCACGGAUCUGAGCUGUUGCCACUGGCCCUAAAGCGUCCGUAAGGGAUAGCUAAGCAGAAACAAUUAUGUCAGGGUGGGAGUCUUACUACAAAACCGAGGGCGAUGAAGAGGAGGAAGAACAAGAGGAAAGCCCGGAAGCAGGUGGAGAACAUAAAUAUUCAGGAAGAGAUAGUUUGAUUUUUUUGGUUGAUGCCUCCAGGGCCAUGUUUGAAUCUCAGGGUGAAGAUGAAUUGACUCCUUUUGAUAUGAGCAUCCAGUGUGUCCAGAGUGUAUAUGCCAGUAAGAUCAUAAGCAGUGAUCGAGAUCUCUUGGCAGUGGUAUUCUAUGGUACCAAGAAAGACAAAAAUUCAGUGAAUUUCAAAAAUAUUUACGUCUUACAAGAGUUGGAUAAUCCAGGUGCAAAACGAAUGCUGGAACUUGACCAGUUUAAGGGGCAGCAGGGAAAAAAACAUUUUCAAGAUCUAAUUGGCCAUGGAUCUGACUACUCAUUGAGUGAAGUGCUGUGGGUCUGUGCCAACCUCUUUAGCAAUGUCCAGUUCAAGAUGAGUCAUAAGAGGAUCAUGCUGUUCACCAAUGAAGAUGACCCCCAUGGCAAUGACAGUGCCAAAGCCAGCCGGGCCAGGACCAAAGCUGGCGAUCUCCGUGACACAGGAAUCUUCCUUGACUUGAUGCACCUGAAGAAACAUGGGGGCUUUGAUAUAUCCUUGUUCUACAGAGAUAUCAUCAGCAUAGCAGAGGAUGAGGAUCUCGGGGUUCACUUUGAGGAAUCAAGCAAGUUGGAAGACCUAUUGAGGAAAGUUCGUGCCAAGGAGACCAAGAAGCGAGUGCUGUCCAGGUUAAAGUUUAAGCUCAACAAGGAUAUAGCACUCACUGUAGGCAUUUAUAACUUGGUCCAGAAGGCUAACAAGCCUUUUCCAAUAAAGCUCUAUCGGGAAACAAAUGAACCAGUGAAAACCAAGACCCGGACAUUUAAUGUAAAUACAGGCAGUUUGCUCCUGCCUAGUGAUACCAAGAGAUCUCAGACCUAUGGGAGUCGUCAGAUUGUACUAGAGAAAGAGGAAACGGAAGAGCUGAAGCGGUUUGAUGAGCCAGGUUUGAUUCUCCUUGGCUUUAAGCCCUUGCUAAUGCUGAAGAAGCACCAUUACCUGCGGCCCUCCCUGUUCGUUUACCCUGAGGAGUCCCUGGUAAACGGGAGCUCAACCCUGUUUAGUGCUCUGCUUACCAAGUGUCUGGAGAAGGCAGUCUUAGCAGUAUGCAGAUACACACCCCGCAAGAACACCCCCCCUUAUUUUGUGGCUUUGGUGCCACAGGAAGAAGAGCUAGAUGACCAGAAAAUUCAAGUGACUCCUCCAGGCUUUCAGCUUGUCUUCCUACCUUAUGCUGAUGAUAAACGGAAAGUGCCUUUUACUGAAAAAGUCAUGGCCAACCCUGAACAGAUAGACAAGAUGAAAGCCAUUGUUCAGAAGCUGCGCUUCAAAUACAGAAGUGACAGCUUUGAAAACCCAGUGCUGCAGCAGCACUUCAGGAAUCUGGAGGCCUUGGCUUUGGAUUUGAUGGAGCCUGAACAGGCAGUAGAUCUGACAUUGCCCAAGGUUGAAGCAAUGAAUAAAAGACUGGGCUCCCUGGUAGAUGAGUUUAAGGAACUCGUCUACCCACCAGAUUACAAUCCUGAGGAUAAAGUUAGCAAGCGAAAACAAGAUGAUGGAGUUUCUGGAAGUAAAAAGCCCAAAAUGGAGGUAUCUGAAGAGGAGCUGAAGGCCCACAUUGCCAAGGGGACGCUGGGCAAGCUCACGGUGCCCAUGCUGAAGGAGGCCUGCAGGGUGUAUGGGCUGAAGGGUGGGCUGAAGAAGCAGGAGCUGCUGGCUGCUCUCACUGAGCACUUCCAGAAGGACUGAUGCUGACCAUACACCCUCCCCGUGGUGAAGUUGCCUGCUUUUGUUUUCACCAAGUUAAAGGUGUUUUUCCUGAGCUGGGAGGAGUUGCCUUGCAGAAGCUGAGGACUUUACAUUUGAAACUUGUUGGCACAGAGACCACAUGGCUCUCUCACUUGGCUUAUGCCUUACUCUAUGUGAAUAAAGAACCUUGACUUUG